AUGGAACAUGUUGUCAACGGCAAAUACGCGGUCGAGUACGACGAAGUCGACCAUAUCUACCGCAACGUCAUGUCCACAGGCGGACUCCUCAAGAAGCCCAUGCCACCUUACUACGAUAUCAAAGGAGGUUCGAUGGCUCACCUCUUUGAAUUCAUGGCUGACAAGUACGAGGACAAGGACGCUAUGGGCUGGCGCGAUGUGAUCAAGGUCCACAAAGUCGAAAAGAAAGCCGCCAACGCAGGUGACAAGCCCAAGACAUGGAUCACGUACGAGCUCACGGACUACAACUGGAUGUCGUACCGCAAGGCCAAGACCUAUGCCGAUCGUGUCGGUCUCGGCAUCAAGAACCUUGGUGUCAACAAGGGCGACUUUGUCAUGAUCUUUUCCAGCACUUGCCCAGAGUGGUUCCUUGCGGCUCACGGAUGCUUCUCGCAGUCGAUCACUAUCGUCACAGCAUACGACUCCAUGGAUGACAAGUCUAUCCAGUUCAUCCUCGACCAAUCACAGCCAAAGGCUAUCUUUGCCGACUCGACCACCCUCCCCGUCGUCGCCAAGCUGUUGCAAAAAGGCAACACCGGCAUCAAGGCUGUCAUCUACACGGGCCAGGACUGGGAGGUGUCUGAUAACAUCAAGAAGCUCGAGGGUGUCAAGGACCGUGGCUUCAAGUUGGUUCAUAUCGAUGAGCUCAAGCGGAACAAGGGUGUUGAUGCCCCCGGCAAGGGAAAGGCAAAGGCUGACGAGGAGGAUGAAGAGGUCGAGGGCGAGGCUAGCAAUAUUGAGACUGUCUACCCCGAGGCUGACGAUCUCGCCUGUAUUAUGUACACCUCGGGAUCGACUGGCACCCCCAAGGGAGCUCAAUUGACCCACGGCAACUUGAUGUCGUCGAUCGGAAGUGCCGCGGCAAUGGAGGGUGACCUUUUGAACCAGGACGAGGAUGUGGUUAUCUCUUACCUGCCCUUGGCCCACGUCCUUGAGUUUGUCAUUUCUCACUUUAUCGUCUCCAUGGGCUGCCGUCUUGGAUUCGCUCGUGCCAGGACACUGAUGGAUGAUGCUGUGGCUCCUACUGCUGGUAGUGGUCGUUCCAAGGGCCUUGGAGAUUUGAAGGCCCUUCGUCCCACCUUGAUGGCUGGUGUGCCUACGAUCUGGGAGCGUAUCCGCAAGGGCAUGUUGGCAGAGGUCAACAAGCAGUCGUUCCCCGUCAGAACCCUCUUCUUUGCUGCACUCAACACAAAGUGGGCGAUCGUCCAGGCGACUGGCUCGGAGAACUUUGUCACCAACAUGAUCGACAAUGUUGUCUUUGCCAAGGCUAGAGAGUUGGUCGGUGGUCGUCUUCGUCUGACAUUGACUGGAGGCGCUGGUAUCAGUGACGAGACCCAUCGUUUCCUGAGCAUGGUGAUGUGCUAUGUGAUCUCGGGAUAUGGUCUCACGGAGGUCUGUGGUGUUGCUGCUGUUACCAUGCCUCGUAUGGGACACCGUCUCCGCACCGUCGGCCCACCUGCACCUGGUUUGGAGCUGAAGUUGGUGAAUGUGCCUGACACCGAGUACACUGGCGACAACGGAUCGGGCGAGAUCUGGUUCCGUGGCCCUGCGGUGAUGAAGGGCUACUUCCAGCAGGAGGAGGAGACCAAGCAGGUGAUGACUGGCGACGGAUGGUUCAAGACUGGCGAUAUCGGAUCUGUGAACCCCGACGGCACAAUCUCGAUCAAGGACCGUGUCAAGAACUUGGUCAAGUUGUCGCACGGAGAGUACGUUGCGUUGGAAAAGUGUGAGGCCGUGUACAGAGAUGCAAAGGAGAUCAAGAGUAUCUGUAUUGUGGCCGAUAGCGGAUGCCCUGUUUUGUUGGCAGUUGUCGAGCCUAGUCAUCAUGGUGCGACGGACAAGGAGAUUCUGGAGGUGUUGAAGAACCAGGCCAAGACGUCUGGGUUGUCCAAGUCUGAGACUGUGCAGGGCGUGAUUGUGGAUGAUAGUGACUGGACGACGAAUGGGUUUAUGACCUCGAGCAGCAAGGUCAAGAGACGCGAGGUUCGCAAGGCCCAUGAUAAACAGGUCCUUGAGAUGUGGAAGAAGUUUUAA